GGAGGAAGAGGGAAGGAAGGCGCUGAGGAGCGAGCAAGCGCGCACGCCCAGCCCAGCUACCGACUGACUUCACCACCUCACCGACACCCACUUGGACACCCACUCGGCUGGCCAGCACUCCACACUGACGGGACCCUGGCUGCACCCGCCGUGAUCUCUUUGAACUAGGAUAGCCCGCGCUGUCUCCCCCAAGAUGGAAAUCCCACCCACCCACUAUGCUGCGUCCAGGGCCGCCUCGGUGGCGGAGAACUGCAUUAACUACCAGCAGGGGACUCCCCACAAGCUGUUCCUGGUGCAGACGGUCCAGCAGGCCAGCAAGGAGGAUAUCCCAGGAAGAGGGCACAAGUACCAUCUUAAGUUUUCUGUGGAAGAAAUUAUCCAAAAACAAGUUACAGUGAACUGCACAGCUGAAGUUCUUUACCCCCAAAUGGGACAAGGCUCUGCACCAGAAGUCAACUUCACAUUCGAAGGAGAAAUCGGCAAGAACCCAGAUGAGGAAGAUAACACAUUUUAUCAAAGCCUCAUGUCUCUGAAGAGACCGCUGGAAGCACAGGACAUCCCAGACAAUUUUGGAAAUGUGUCUCCACAAAUGAAGCCAGUCCAGCACUUAGCCUGGGUCGCCUGCGGUUAUGUAAUGUGGCAGAAUUCGACUGAAGACACAUGGUAUAAAAUGUUAAAAAUUCAGACGGUCAAGCAAGUGCAAAGAAACGAUGACUUCAUUGAGUUAGAUUACACCAUUCUACUCCACGACAUUGCAUCGCAGGAGAUUAUUCCCUGGCAAAUGCAAGUCCUGUGGCAUCCACAGUACGGCACAAAAGUAAAACACAACAGCCGCCUCCCAAAGGAAGGGCAGGCGGAGUGAACAAGACGCUAACCCGUAGACAACCGUCAGCAUGCUCGCUAACCACGUGUGUGACUGGCCUCACUGGCAUCUAGCCUAACGGGCCAAAGGAAUACCAGUGUCACUCUUUAUGUCUUGGCUACAGUACCGAGCUGCAUAGAUUCCAUAAUAAAGAAUAGUACUACCUAAAAAUGUCUUUCCAACAGUAAUGGUACUAUGUCUAUCCCCUAAUAAAACUUCACUUCAGCCUC